AUGCUUAAAAACACUGUACGUUCUCUGAAAGAUGAAAUAAAAGAAUUAAUUCCCCAAAAAACACAGCAAUUUAAUUUGUUUAGAAAAAAAUUUAAAGAUGUGAAAAUUGAUACAAUCACUGUGAAUUCAAUUCUAAGUGGCAUGCGUGGUAAUAAAUCAAUGUUUUGGCAAGGUACUACCUUAGAUCCAAUUGAAGGUAUCAGAUUUAAUAAUUUUACAUUAUCACAAUGCCAAACUUCUUUGCCGGGUUUGAAUCAAAAUAAUCAUUCAAAUAUUUUUUUACCUGAGUCAAUGCUAUGGUUUCUUAUGACGGGUGGUAAAAUCCCAACUUUGCAACAAUCUUUGCAAUUAUCGAAUGAUUUAUCAGAAAGAACUAAGAAUGGAAAUUUACCACCGAAUGUCAAUAAUAUAUUAUCACAAUUACCAAAAAAAAUGCAUCCAAUGACGCAAUUAUCAAUUGGCUUGUUGCUGUUACAAGAAAAUUCCUUUUUUCAAAAAAAUUAUGAGAAUGGUACUUUAAAUAAAGACACAUAUUGGGAAGAUACACUUGAAGAUUCCUUAAAUUUGAUAGCAAUGAUGCCACUUUUAGCAGGAAAAAUAUACUCCAAUAUGAUAAACGAAGGUAAACCCUUGGGUCAAUUCAAUCCUAGUAAGGAUUGGAGUUACAACAUAUGUUCAUUAAUUGGAAUUAACAAAAAUUCAGAUUCAUCAAAUAUCUCAAAUUUGUCCAACAGACAAUUAGAAGAUUUCGUAAAUUUAAUGAGACUAUAUUUGGGCAUUCAUGUAGAUCAUGAAGGUGGCAAUGUCUCCGCUCAUUCCACCCAUCUUGUAGGUAGUGCUCUUACAGAUCCAUAUCUCAGUUAUUCGUCCGGAAUCAAUGGACUUGCAGGCCCAUUACACGGUCUUGCCGCACAGGAAGUUGUCAGAUUUUUAAUUGAAAUGAAUUCUAAUAUUUCAAGCCCAAAAAAUCUCUUGGAAAUAGAAAAUUAUCUAUGGAAUUUACUAAGUUGUAAGAGAGUAAUUCCAGGCUAUGGUCAUGCCGUGUUAAGAAAUACAGAUCCAAGAUUUACCUCCCUUUUAAACUUUGUUCAUGAAAGAUCACAAGAAUUUGCAAAUGAUAGUCAUGUCCAAUUGAUGCAAAAUUUGACUAAAGUGGCUCCUAAAGUAUUAACUGAGCAUGGCAAAUGUCAAAACCCUUAUCCAAAUGUCGAUUCCGCCUCUGGAAUCUUAUUUUAUCAUUACGGGUUGAAACAAACACUUUUCAUGACAGUUAUAUUUGCAUGUUCGAGAGCAAUUGGUCCCUUAUCCCAAUUAGUUUGGGAUCGCAUAUACGGUUUACCAAUUGAAAGACCAAAGAGCCUCGAUUUAAAUUCCCUCAAAAAAUUGGUCACUUCGCCAUGA